ACAUAGCUAGUGUAGUUCUAUAAGUGGAGUCUGAAGAGUAUAGUGUGUACGUAAAUCUUAUCUCUAUCUUGACAAAUAGAGAGACUAUUUUUGAUAGACCAUCAGCUCAAGUAACACAGAAGCAAUAUCUUGAUAGCAAGAAAAAUAAAAUAGAAAAGACAACCAGUAACAAUAGAAAACUAAGAAUAAGAGAUAUACGAAUAUUGAAAUAAAAAUACGAAAAAUAGACAGAAAAAGAAAAAGAAAAAGAAAAAGAAGAAGAGAAAGUAAAAGCAAAUAGAACUUAGCUUAGCCCCAAUAGGUUCCUACUCUGUUAAAGCCAACACUAAUAAAUUCUUUCCAAUUUCUUCAUCUUCAAGCUCUUAGUAGCCAUUGUUUCUCUUCCCUUAAUUUCUGAACCAUCCAUCUGUACAACUGAGACUCUCUUCAUAAUUUUUUUUUCUUAUUUCUUGGUUUUAAGUUUAGAAUAAAUGAUUUAGUUGACUGUUGCUUCAGGGGUGUCUUACUUAAUGUACUACAGGAAUCUCUUUGAUGGCGCAAUUUAAGGGAACGCAUUAAAAGUGCGCACUUCAUUUUUCCUUAUUACCCUCUUCCUCUUAUACAAUAUUUCUUCAUAUUCCACCCAUACUCUCUAAUUACCCUUCUCUUCCAAUUUCUUCAAUUCACCCAAAUAUUCAUUGCAUUUGUUGAUUCCCCUGUUUUAGGUGCUUUUCAACUUCAAUUUGGCAAUUAAGAAUUUAAUUGUGUAGAGAGAUGCUUACGUGUAUAGCUCGUUCGAAGCAAGCGAGCGAUGAUUCGCUUGAUCAUCAACCUGAGAAAUUCAAUCCUAAUGCUGCUCCGGCCAAUAAACAAGCCGUUAAAACACUCACUUCUCAGAUCAAGGACAUGGCAUUGAAAGCAUCAGGAGCAUACAAGCAAUGCAGUCCAUGUGCUACAACUCAGCCAACUCUCCGAAAAAACGGAAGCCAAAACGACUCAGACUCGUCUACAUCGUUGGAUAAAUUCCGGUGGUCAUACAAGAGAACAGGGAGUUCAAGUUCCAGCUCGACGACGGCGGGGAGGAAGGAACUGGAGGCAAGGCUGAAAGGGAUAUCGAGUGGUGAAGUUACGCCGGUAUCGGCGUCAGCUAGUGGGCGGCGAAUUGAAACGGUCGUGUUUGUUGAAGAAAGUGAGCCGAAAGAGUGGGUGGCUCAAGUCGAACCGGGUGUGCUAAUCACUUUUGUUUCGUUACCACGUGGCGGCAAUGAUCUCAAACGCAUUCGAUUCAGUCGAGAAAUGUUUAAUAAAUACCAAGCUCAAAGAUGGUGGUCAGAGAAUUGUGAGAAGGUAAUGGAGCUUUAUAAUGUCCAAAGGUUGAAUCGCCAAGCUUUUCCCCUGCCAACACCUCCAAGAUCUGAAGACGAGAUUUCAAAAAUCGAAUCCAUUGAAGACAGUCCUGUGACACCCCCGCUCACUAAAGAACGACUACCCCGUACUUUGUUCCGUCCAAUGUAUUCAUCUUCAGAUUCUCUUGAACUACACUCGACCCAUUCUCGCUAUAAUUAUGACUCUUGCGGUGUCUCCUCAACUCCAAAACUCUCAAGCAUCAGUGGAACAAAGACGGAGAUAUCAUCAAUGGAUGCCUCUAUUCGGACUAGCACAUCAAGAGAUGCAGAUCGCUCUGGAGAGCUAUCCAUCAGCAAUGCUAGUGAUCUUGAAACCGAAUGGGUUGAACAAGAUGAGCCUGGAGUUUACAUCACCAUACGAUCUCUACCAGAUGGCAAAAGAGAACUCAAACGUGUCAGAUUCAGCCGAGAAAAAUUUGGAGAAGUGCAUGCCAGGUUAUGGUGGGAAGAGAAUCGUGCUAGGAUACACAAACAAUAUCUGGGAUGAGAGCGCUUAUUAUUGCGAAUAUUGCUAUAUUUCCUGUUGGUUGCCAAUUAAGGAGAUGUGGCCUACAUGGGUGUUACACUUCUUUGGCAAUGCUCAUGGUAUUCAUUAUACAUAUGUGGAGUCAGAGAUUAGUAUAAGAGAGGCAAUAUACAAAGAAGAAUCUAAGCUUUGUUACCUUUGCAAACAGCCACCUAGGUUGUUCGCAUGUUCUUUCUUUCUUUGUUUUUGUUUAAUUUCCUUCAUCUAAAUUAUGGCCGGGGGG